AUGCCCCUCUUCCGCCGCACCUCCAUGUCAAGCUCCUCCCACUCGAGCAUCGACGACCCAAACACACAUACCCACACGCACCGCAAAUCAGGCAGGCUCUUUGGUCACCGCGGCUCACAUUCUAGCGGGCAUAGCUCCUCCAGCGCCGGCGUCAGGACCGGCUCUACGAGACGCGGAUACGGUACGAGCAACUACGGCCAUAGCAGUCACGGCAGCCGCGGCCACGGCCUCUUCCGAAACAAGCACACUGAAGAUCCGUCCAUUAUCGCUGCCAAGGAACGCGUUAUGCACGCUGAGGAGGCAGAGAGAGCUGCGGACCAAGCGCUCCGUGCAAGCCGGUUGGCAGUCCAGGAGGCGAGGACUAACGUGAGAGAGUUGGAACGGGAUGCGAAGGAGGAGGCGCGACUCGCCAAGUUCAAGCAAAAGGAAGCCAGGAAUAUCUCGAAGAGAGCAAAACCGCUUGGCCUUCGCUCAUAUGGUGCUAUCCAGGUUGACCGGAAAUUUUGGUUUUUUCAACUCAACCAAAAGCGUAUCUUUUUGAGGAGAGCCGGAGGCAGUCUGUCAUAA